AUGCUCCGUUCAUCCUUCAUCCUUCAUCCUUUAUUCCUCAUCGUCAACCUGUAUUCGCGCCACGCUUUCUUUGUCCGCCACUUCGAGCCAGACAGAUCAGGGUUCGUUAUCAGCGCUGCAUUCUUGCAAAAGUUCGCCCGGUUCCUUGGCAACAUCGGCAACAUUGGCGUAUCAUAUCUCGGGCCGCCCCAUGCACCCUGGCUGCUCAUAUGCGGCAUGAGCCCGGAACCACGCUAUGCAGUCCCCCCACAUCACGACAAUCCUUCCAUGCUAUGGAUAUGGAUCGAAGACCUUUUGUUUGUCGUGACCCCUGACUAG